AUGGAUGGUUUUGACGCUCUACUAAUUGCAAGUGUCAAGCGCAACGUUUCAAUAUUCGAGAAAUACCACACUAGAUACGACAGAAAGCAGGCGUGGAUUGCAGUGGCCCAAGCAUGCCAGAAAUCAGUUGAGUACUGUCAAAUUAGAUGGAAGAGCCUACGAGAUCGCUAUGUGAGGGAAACGCAAAAGCCCGCUGCCACAAGGAGCAAUAUUCGGAAGUUUAAAGAGCUCGAUUUCCUCAGGGAGCACAUACGAAUCAGAAGGAAGCCGAAUGAAUUGUGCAAUACAUUAAACACAAAUAAAACGCUUGUGCCGGGUGUAACCGUAGACAGCCAGUCGGCAGAUGAACUAGCCCUUGAACGAAACGGCAUCACUGAAUUUCAACCGGAUGAGUUUAUAAUUGAGUAUAAGGGCGAGGAGGAAUACCUCAGCGAGACGGAUAACUCAAGCGCGGAGUUUAUCUCAGAGGAUUCAGCGUGUAAUAUAGGCAGCGAGCUGCCAUACGUAACGAAGCCCAGUUUCAAUGGCGAAGGACAGAGUCAAACUCAAGCCAAGUUCAUGAGCGUAAUGAAUCUCAUCGAGAGUGCGUUGAAGGAUAAGCCGGCGGAGCCCCAAGAUCCAUUCUACAAAUAUCUAGAGAGCAUUUUGACUGGCGUGGACGAUAGUACUCGAAUAGAUAUACAACUAAAAGUGCUCAACUUUGUCAGUGACGAAAUCAAGCGAAGUAGACAAACUUAGUUUACGAAAAUGAUACCAAAGUAAUUGUAAUAUAUAUGGAUACUCACCCGUGUGGGUUUUUAAAUGCGUUCGCAGAUUUCCAAUUGUGCUGUAGCUGCGAUAACAGUUCUCAUAAUUGCAUCUAUAGCGACUGAGAGCCUCAUCCGAACUCUAAAUUGCGAGUAUAACAAUGCUAUUAGGUCAGAUUCAUUGCACUAGCUAUAUGGUUAAUAUAGUAUACAUGUGCAUGUUCUUUAGAAUGAGACAAUUAUGAUGAAAUGGAUUCAUGCUGAACAUUGGGUCCGAGUGAUAUGUUAGGGGACAGCCUUUCGAAAUAAGCAGAUACUACGCACCGCUAAAGAUGGUUAACAAAACUUGGCUACACACGCCUACAGCGGAAUCACAGGAAUCGGAUUCUCCGCUAACACUAGGAUUAGGAUGGCGAGUAGCUACAAAAAGCGUUAGGCAACGUAAGGCACGUUAGACAUUGAACUAGCGGUUGGUGAUUGGGUGUGUGUACCUCGUAGGCCAACGCCAUUAGCUGAUCGUUCUCGUCCUGCCUCUCCACCUCCUCCUCAUCGACAUCUUGGUGCAGCACGCCCGGUUGGAUGCAGUGGGCCAGCUGCUCGUCCUCGUCCGGCUCAUUUGGAUCGUACUCAUCCACAUAGCUGGAAGAUUCGGCCGAGCGGGGUAAAGAGACCAACAUGGGGGAAAUUUAUCGAAUUUGCAGUUGGAAACAAACAGAAAAUCGCAUCGGGCGGGGCAUAUGUAUAUUCCAUCCGAUUUGUGUGUCAGUGGGCCGUUAAGAUCUUUGUAUAUAAUUAUAAACGCAACAAGUAUAUGUACAUACAUAUAUACAAAUAUAUAUAUAUAUAUGAAUG